CCCGCUCCGCUCCCCCUUCUCUUCACUCCCGUCGCUGCAUCCCACUCCUCACUCCACUCGCGCAACGAUGUCUGGCGACCUGGCCGAUCUAGAGGCCCAACUCUCACUGGAUCGUGCAGCUCUCGCUGACCGUAUCCUCGCACGAAUGGGCGGCCCCUCUUCUUCCUCCUCCUCGCCGUCAUCCGCCAAGAAGCUCGCCGCCGCCCCGCAAACGCAGACGCCAUUCACACAUCGUCCCCCCACCCUCGGGCUCGGCGCUACAGCAGGGCCUGAUCAGAGCGCGGGCAGGCUGAGCGUCGAGGAUGCGAGGCUAAAGGGGAGGUUGGGCAAGAGGGCGACGGCCGAGAAUGGUGAGGGGAAGGCAGGGAAGCGCAAGGCGUUGCAGCAUGCGGAUGAGGAACAGGAGGAGGAGGAGGAGGAGACAAAGGGAGCAGAGAGGAAGCGCAAGAGAGCGGGGGCGGGCGGGGUGGACCCUUUUGCUGUCAAGCCAGGGAAGAAGGCGGGCAAGAAAGCUGCGGCAGAUGCGACAGCGAAUGGAGCAGCGAAUGGCUCGGACGCGGGUGGAGGUCAUGAGUCUGCCAAGCCUGCGCAAUCGCCCGCGCAAUCGCCCGCGCAAUCGCCUGCGCAACCGCCAGGGAUGGAAGUCACGCACCUGUCCAAGUCGCAGCGCAAGAAACUGGCAAAGAAGCGAAGAAUGGAAGAGCAGGCGGGGCAGGCGGUGCAGGCUGGGCAGGCGGGGCAGACGGGCGAGGAGCCAUCCAGCUCAUCCCUCCCCGCCUCGUCUCACCCGCCCGCUCCCGCCCCCUCAUUCGCCCCAUUCACGCCCUCCGCCCAACUCCCUACGCCCCUCGCGGCCACCACGCACCGCUCCGCCCACCAAACGGCGCUGCACGCCAAACUGCAAGGCGCCCAAUUUCGCCAGCUCAACGAGGAGCUCUACACCUCCCCCUCCUCCUCCUCCUUCCUCGCCGCUCAAGAAGACCCCACCCGCAUGCAAGCCUACCACGACGGGUUCCGCGAGCAGGUAAAGAAGUGGCCUGCCAAACCUUACGAGCUUUGCGGGCAGGCAGUCCUCGCCAUGUGCGCCGGAACGACGCCGCUCGUGGUGGACUUGGGAGCGGGAGAAGGGCCACUCACGCGUUAUCUGGGUGACAAGGCGCGCGUGGCGGCGUACGAUUUGCUCGAUACGGCAGACGGCGUUGUGCGCGGGGUGGACUGCGCGCGUGAGGGCGGCGUGCCCUUACCCGGCACCCUCACCGCCCCCUCGUCGCCCGCCCCCUCGUCGCCCGCCCCCUCGUCGCCCGCCAUUGCGGACGCAGCCGUCUUCUGCCUCAGUCUCAUGGGCACAGAUUGGGUGGGAAUGCUCCUCGAGGCACGGCGAGUCCUGCGUUCCCCGCAGGGACGACUUGUCAUCGCCGAGGUAAGCAGCCGACUGAGCGAUGUAGACGAAUUCGUGGCGCUCGUGGAGCGUUGCGGGUUCGCGCUGCUGGGCAAGGACGACGGGAACACGCAUUUCAUCCUGCUGCGGUUCAAGGUCAAGAGGUGCGAGGGGGUCGAGGCGCAGAGGGUGGAGCUGAUGGAGGAGGGCAGGAGAGUGUUGCAGCCUUGUUUGUACAAGCGGCGAUGAGGCGAGGCGUGGCGUGACGUGGCGCGGCGCAGCGUGGAGUAGCAAUCAGUGAGGCCCGGCGAGCAAUGCGAUGUCAGGCUGUUCGGGACGCACGCUCGUAGGCUGUUCGGGACGCACGCUCGUAGGCUGGUCACGACGCACGCUCACCACGCAAUACUGCCACGCGCCGCCAUGAAUUGAGUUUUACUUAGAC